GGCAGUACUUACAGGGAUACACUUAUUUUCAGCGCGGAGUAUACUUACGUAUUCAAUCCACGCGGAAUCCACGUUUACCCAUACCCUACAUAGCAGCUUUACACCUUCCAAUACCUCUUUAAAUUUUUCUAAGUUUGUGCGAAUCAACAUGGCGACGUCUGAUGGUUCAAACGAUGUUCCUUCUUCUAACAGUGGUAUCGAUGCCAUGGAAUCUAACUACGAUGAAGUAGUUGAUUCUUUCGAAGCUCUUAAACUGAAUGAAGACCUGUUACGUGGUAUUUACUCUUAUGGUUUUGAAAGACCCUCUGCUAUUCAACAGCGUGGAAUUAAACCAAUUAUUGAAAACCAUGAUACAAUAGGGCAAGCUCAGUCUGGAACUGGAAAAACCGCUACCUUUAGUAUUGCCGCCCUCCAGCUAAUCGAUUACAGUGUUGUUUCUUGCCAGGUUCUCAUUUUAGCUCCAACUAGAGAACUCGCUCAGCAGAUUCAAAAGGUUGUUCUUGCACUCGGUGACUACCUCAAGGUCCAAUGCCACGCGUGCGUAGGAGGUACCAUUGUGAGAGACGACGUGCAUAAACUUAAGGCCGGUGUUCACAUGGUUGUGGGAACACCUGGACGUGUAUAUGACAUGAUAGAUAAGAAGGCUCUUUUGACCAACAAGAUUAAGUUAUUUAUUUUAGAUGAAGCUGAUGAAAUGUUGUCACGUGGAUUCAAAGGGCAAAUCCAUGAAGUUUUCAGGAGGAUGCCUCCAGAUGUUCAGGUUGCGCUCUUCAGUGCCACCAUGCCUAACGAAAUUCUUGAACUGACAACCAAGUUCAUGAGGUCGCCAAAGCGCAUUCUUGUUAAAAAAGACGAACUCACUCUUGAAGGUAUUAAACAAUUUUAUGUCAUGAUAGAUAAGGAGGAGUACAAGUUCGACACGCUCUGUGAUCUUUACGAAUCUGUCACUAUCACACAGGCCAUUAUCUACUGUAACACACGAAGGAAGGUGGAUAUGCUAACCAGCAAAAUGCAAGAGCGUGACUUUACCGUGUCUAGUAUGCACGGUGAUAUGAGUCAGAAUGAGCGUGACCUAAUUAUGAGGGAGUUUAGAUCGGGGUCCACGCGUGUGCUUAUCACUACCGAUCUUUUGGCCAGAGGAAUCGAUGUACAGCAAGUAUCGUUGGUCAUCAAUUAUGACCUUCCCAUGUCUCCUGACAAUUACAUUCACAGAAUCGGUCGUUCUGGACGUUUCGGUCGUAAAGGUGUCGCUAUCAACUUCCUAACUCCCAUGGAUGUUGAAUGCAUGAAGAACAUUGAAAACUACUACAACACCCAAAUCGAAGAAAUGCCUGCAGAGAUUGCGGAAUACAUGUAAUCGCUAUAUGGUGUGCCGAAUUGACACUUGCUGGCGAUAUUGGCGUAAAACUCUGCAGAAUCACUGUAGGCGUUUAAGCUGGAUUGUGAAUGCAGGGCAUUUGGUUUCCUACAUUAAAAUGAUUAUAAUGUUAUUCGUU